AUGAACAAUGACUUCUACUUUGAAAUUGACUUCGAUGAUAACAAUAGAAUAUCAAAUGUAUUUUGGGCUGACGCACAUAGUAGGGCAGCAUGCGAGGAAUUUGGAGAUGUUGUCUCCUUUGACACAACAUAUCUAACCAACAAAUAUGAUAUGCCAUUUGCACCAUUUGUUGGAGUCAAUCACCAUGAUAAGUCACCUGAUGGCAUUCUAACCGAUCAGUGCAGGGCCAUGCAAAAUGCAAUUGACAUUUUCCGUGGUAUCGUCUGCCGACACUAUUUCACCGUCUUUGGCCAAGAGAAAGCAACAACAAUACUCACGAAGUAUAUCAUUCCUCGGUGGAGCAAACUUAUACGAAGGAGAUAUACUUCAAUGAGAGCAGCUUACAACACCCACAGUAAGGACCCAACAAUGCAGAGGUACCGGGCAUUGUGCAAGGAAUUUUUUCAGAUUGUCGAUGUUGCAUGCGAAUCUGAUGCCGGAACAGAAUAG